CCCCGGAGCUCCCAGCACCAGUGAGGAUGGAGCCAACCAAGUUCCCACUCACCAAGAGGAUGGCUCCUGCUCCCCCCAUUCCUGCCAAGACCAAACCAGCCCCCGUGCUGGCCACCAAGCCCAGUGACCCCCAGCCCAGCACCUCAGCUGACAUGGAGUGGGGCAGAGCCGGUGACCCAGAUCCCAAUGGCUUCAACAUGGUGUCAGUGACCACAGCCAGGCUGAGCCACCCCACAGCCACACGGCCACGAGUCCCCGGCCAGCGGCCACCCAGCAUGGCCCUGGGGAGCACGGAGGGUCCCCAUGGCGGGGAGCAGCCCCAGGGGCUGCCCCGUGCUGCCCUCUGUGCCCCUGUCCCCAGCACGGGGCAGGCGCCUGUCCCACCAUGGAGCACAGAGGGGCAGGAGGUGCAGGAGGGGAGGCCACUGGCCCUGGAGGACCUGAAGGCUGAGGUCCGGACUCUGCACAUCCUUGUGGACCUGAUGCGAGUCCAGCACCUGUGA